CGACAAGAGAUACAACACAACACUACAUAAAGAGAUCUAAGACGACAACAUGUUAGCAGCACAAAACAUGGUACAAACAUUAUUCCGUACAGACUACAGCACAAGGGGCUGAAGGUAGAGGCAACAAUACAUCGCGCAAAUCAGCCACAACUUUCAGCUGAGAAUCCGUCUCUGAAAGCAGAGGUCAGGGAGGCCCUCACUCUGGUGGGUUAUAACAACCCUGUUAAAGGCCUAGGCAUCAGGGUUCGACGGAGGGCGAAUCAGACCUAUCGGCUGCCUUCGAUACUGUGAACCAUCAGAUCCUCCUCUCCACCCUCUCCGAGUUGGGCAUCUCUGGCGCGGCCCACGCUUGGAUUGCGUCCUACCUGACAGGUCGCUCCUACCAGGUGGCGUGGCGAGAAUCUGUCUCCUCACCACGCGCUCUCACCACUGGUGUCCCCCAGGGCUCUGUUCUAGGCCCUCUCCUAUUCUCGCUAUACACCAAGUCACUUGGCUCUGUCAUAACCUCACAUGGUCUCUCCUAUCAUUGCUAUGCAGACGACACACAAUUAAUCUUCUCCUUUCCCCCUUCUGAUGACCAGGUGGCGAAUCGCAUCUCUGCAUGUCUGGCAGACAUAUCAGUGUGGAUGACGGAUCACCACCUCAAGCUGAACCUCGGCAAGACGGAGCUCCUCUUCCUCCCGGGGAAGGACUGCCCGUUCCAUGAUCUCGCAAUCACGGUUGACAACUCCAUUGUGUCCUCCUCCCAGAGCGCUAAGAACCUUGGCGUGAUCCUGGACAACACCCUGUCGUUCUCAACUAACAUCAAGGCGGUGGCCCGUUCCUGUAGGUUCAUGCUCUACAACAUCCGCAGAGUACGACCCUGCCUCACACAGGAAGCGGCGCAGGUCCUAAUCCAGGCACUUGUCAUCUCCCGUCUGGAUUACUGCAACUCGCUGUUGGCUGGGCUCCCUGCCCGUGCCAUUAAACCCCUACAACUCAUCCAGAACGCCGCAGCCCGUCUGGUGUUCAACCUUCCCAAGUUCUCUCACGUCACCCCGCUCCUCCGCUCUCUCCACUGGCUUCCAGUUGAAGCUCGCAUCCGCUACAAGACCAUGGUGCUUGCCUACGGAGCUGUGAGGGGAACGGCACCUCAGUACCUCCAGGCUCUGAUCAGGCCCUACACCCAAACAAGGGCACUGCGUUCAUCCACCUCUGGCCUGCUCGCCUCCCUACCACUGAGGAAGUACAGUUCCCGCUCAGCCCAGUCAAAACUGUUCGCUGCUCUGGCCCCCCAAUGGUGGAACAAACUCCCUCACGACGCCAGGACAGCGGAGUCAAUCACCACCUUCCGGAGACACCUGAAACCCCACCUCUUUAAGGAAUACCUAGGAUAGGAUAAGUAAUCCUUCUCACCCCCCCCCCCAAAAAGAUUUAGAUGCACUAUUGUAAAGUGGCUGUUCCACUGGAUGUCAUAAGGUGUAUGCACCAAUUUGUAAGUCGCUCUGGAUAAGAAAAUGUAAAUGUAAAUGAAAAUGUAAAUGUAAUGUAAAUGUUAGUUGGCUGUUCAUAGCCAAACUUUCAGAGGUUGAGACAGCAGGUGCGGGACAAAGUAGCACGUCCGGAGAACAGGUCAGAGUUCCAUAGCUGCAGGCAGAACAGUUGAAACUGAUCAGUUGGACUGGGGACAGCCAGGAGUCAUCAGGCCAGGUAGUCGUGAGGCAUGGUCCUAGGGCUCAGGUCCUCCUGGAGGGGAGGGAGAGAGGGAAGUGAUGAGAAGACUGAUCAGAGAAGACUGGAUCCAGAGGUUGUAUUUGCAAAAUAUACAAGCAUUGAAAAAUUGUAAAAAAUAAUUGUCAAAUAUAUCAUUUUGAAAACUACAAACUUAAAUGUUCUUUAGCAGAAUAACCUCCACACGAGGACUAAGGCAAGAUGCCUUAAAUAAACUGCAAAAUGUCCAUAAACUCACACAUCUGAGAUGAAUAUGGCAGAGUAAUACAGACAGCAUGUUGUCUGACAAGCAGCCCUCCGUGAAUGAGGAGAACGAGGAUCCUAAAUGGACCUUCCCUAACCUGGCAUAAACCCUUCUCACCUUUAAACAGAAAUUCUCAAUGACAACGGCUGAUUGUUAACUCAUGAAUGAAAACAAAGACAUUAUUUGCACAAACAUUAAUGUUUUAGCGUAACAAUGAAACACCCCUUAAAUGGGAUAAACCAAGUACAAAUAGUGGUGAGUAGAACAAGUUGAUAGAACAGAAGA